GACAUUUUCAAAAUGGCGUAAUCUGAAAGAAAACAAUGUAGUGCUGAAAACUAUAGUGGGAAACGAGAGGAUUUUCGUUUCAUUCACCGUACCGACAACUUUAAAUCCUGCAACACUAUGACGGUGUGCAACUUUUGGAUGCAAGGCCGGUGUCGAUAUGGCGACAAGUGUUGGAAUGAGCACCCAAAAGCAGGCGGUGGCGGCUACGGUGGAGAUUACAACAGCCGUCCCCCUCAACAGGCCAACAGAGGCGGGGGAGGAGGGUUUGGGAACAGAGUGUGGGUGAACCCAGCUCAGAGGUCUGGAGGAGGAAACUACGUCCAGCCGUCAUCCUUCUCCUCCCAGCAGGGUGGCAACAACUGGGGUCCAGGAGGAGGAGGAAGGGACAGCCAAGCCCAGAGCUCCAACUUCAGUUUCGCAGCCUCCUCUCCAAACCAAAACAGAUUUUCUGCCUUAAACACUCAAAGCACCUUCGAUAAAGGUGGAAGAGGAGAAGGGGAAGACAAUGAAAAACACUUGGAGACCAUCCAGAAAGAUAUGGAAAUCUGGGAGACUUCAGGCCAAUGGCUUUUCUCCUGUUACUCUGUCCUCAAAGCAACCAUCUCAGGGUUUACAGAGCUCUCUCCAGAGGAGCUGAGACUGGAGUACUACAACACCAAGCCAUCAGGAGAGCUGCAGGGAUAUGCUAACGUCAUCAAUCAGCUGGUCAACCAAUGGAGAAGCAGAGUCCAGGAGCUGAGGGCUAUGAGCGGCAACACCAGAGUCGCUAUGCUUGCAGAGCUGGACAACCCAGCACCACAGGCAGCGUCUGGAGGUUUUGGGUCGACACCAGUGACCGGCUUUGGGUCCUCAGCACCAUCUGGCUUUGGAACAGGUUUCGGAGUGCCGGCCCAGGCCCCAGUCCAGGACACCACAGGUGCUAGUAAUUUCAGCUUUGCUGGACCAGGUGCAGCUUCUAGUUUCGGCAGUGCUGCGGCAGCCGUCCCACCAGCUACCACUGGGAUUGGCUCUAUGGCCACCACUGUUCCCACGGCAACAGGUUUCUCCUUUGCCACCCCUGCUGCCAACAAGGAGCCAACUACAGCCGGUUUCGGAGCUCCGACCACUGGUGGAGGAGGAUUUGGAGGGAGUGUUUUCGGGAGUGCAGCGCCAGUGGCUACAAGUGGUUUUGGACAGGCGAGUGGAGGGUUUGGGGUUAUGGCCCCAGCAGACAGUCUCUUCACCCCCCAGAGCCAGCUGAGUGAAGAGGAGCUGAAGGAGUUUGGAGGGAAGAGGUUCACCCUGGGACAGAUACCACUAAACCCCCCCCCUGUUAAUAUGCUGGUGGUCUGAUCCCACCACUAAACCCCCCCUGUUAAUAUGCUGGUGGUCUGAUCCCACCACUAAACCCCCCCUGUUAAUAUGCUGGUGGUCUGAUCCCACCACUAAACCCCCCUGUUAAUAUGCUGGUGGUCUGAUCCCACCACUAAACCCCCCCCCUGUUAAUAUGCUGGUGGUCUGAUCCCACCACUAAACCCCCCCUGUUAAUAUGCUGGUGGUCUGAUCCCACCACUAAACCCCCCCCUGUUAAUAUGCUGGUGGUCUGAUCCCACCACUCAAACCCCCCCUCUGUUAAUAUGCUGGUGGUCUGAUCCCACCACUCAAACCCCCCUCUGUUAAUAUGCAGGUGGUCUGAUCCCACCAUGGACAUCUGUAAAAUGGCUUGUCUCCUUUCCUUUAACUGACCUGAUGGAAAAGAGCUGGACUGAAUAUCUCUGAAGCCUUUUUUAUGAGUAAAAAAAAAAAGCUUAUUUACAGAUGUAAUCACUAAUCUGACUAGUUUCUACUGGAGAAAAUCUAUCAAAUGGAUUCUGAAUGAUGUUACGUUUCAACCAAGAUGUCGUUCUUGGUAAUGGUGCCAUGUCAUUUGGUUGAAACGUUUCUUUUUAAAAUAAAGGGGGCAACAGAAUGUAAGACAGAUAACACAUGAUGAUAGUCAGACUACUGGUGGUCUGACUGUACCUGGGAACUAAAAUAGGCUUCUGUUUUUUCUAUUUUAAAAUUUAAAUAAGUGUGUUUUAAUUAUGGUUGUUGGUAUUUUUGCUUUUAACCAAAUUAUGGGCUGUUUUUGUUUGCUUUCAUCGCGUGUGUCCUCCCCCCCGUGUAUAUUGUAUAAACAAUACUUUGUUCUGUCGUUCAUUAAAUUAAAACCCGUCUUAUGAUUUCAUCAGAACAUAAAACAUGUGUACAGU